UGAAGGUCACUGCGCGUUGUUUGAUCCCUCGUUUUCACGCUUAUGAUCUGGACAUGCAUAAUCUAACAUAAAGAUUAUGGGGAAUUGUUUUGGAUUUCGAAGUGAAAGUUCUUACCUUCUGGAUCAAGAGGUUUACGAAACUCAAGAUGAUCAGGAUGAAAGCCCUAGGACAGAUCAUCAGGUGCCUAUUUAUCAUAUAAGUCCAGGCUUGCCUAUUCUUGCAUCCGAUCUGACAGAGGAGGAACAAAUACAAAUUGUUAAACGUAUUCACAUGCUUCAAUUUCUUCCUCUAACAAAUUAUGUACCUGUGAAUAAGGAAAAAUUAAGAGAGUGUAUUAUAUGCAUGAAUGAUUUAAAACUUGGAGAUGAAGUGCGUUACCUGCCCUGUCUACAUACUUAUCAUCGUAUAUGUAUUGAUGAAUGGCUUAUGCGUUCAUUUAGUUGUCCUACAUGCCUUUUAAAUUUAGAACCAGAUACUUCACUGACUACAACAACAACAGUAACGGCGCCAAGAACACAAAUUCUGUUCUCAUCAGAAAAUACUGUUGCACCGAUAAUGACGUGUGAUUCAUCCCCAACAACAAAUAAUACUACUAACUCUGUUAUAUCAUCCACAGAAGUAGUAAUAUCUCCUGGAUUUAAUCAGUCAUUAGCAAAUGACUCUUGCCCAAAUAUCAACUGAUACUCAAUCAGUGUAAUAUCGAUCAUUGACACGCUUCAGUCAUCUGUGAUAUAUAUAUAAGAUGUGUUUCUGUCACAAUCUGUCUUCCAUUUAAAUUCAUAUCUUUUGCUUUAUUUGUUUCUGCAUCUAUAUACUGUGCUAUUGAUGAAUUCAACUUCAACUGUCCAUAACUGUAACUAAUCAAGAAUGUAUAGAUUAUUAUUUCUACCAUUAACUGUUAUUAAUGAUAACCAUACUUAGUUAUAUUGCAUAAUAAUAAUACUUCAUAAGCACUUUUAUUUCUUCAUAUAUAUAUCAUUAUAGAAAUUUUCAUUGUGAAUUCCUUAAUCAUUUACAAUGUUUAAAUUGUGUUGAUUGUCAUGCAUCUCUGUAUAGGUAAUACAAAUCCAUGCUCAAUUCUUAUUAUUUUAUUAAAGCCUUACAUUUCAAUUAGACUAUUUGUUGUUCAUAUGUGUACCACCAAUAUUCAUCAUAGUUUUUGUGUUCUUUCUUUUUUUUUUU